GAAUAUGGCUGGAUUUUGGUGGAGGCUGGUGCAGCAUCAUCCGGGAUCUUUUCAAUUUUGGUUGUCAAGCUCAACCAUUUUGGGUCUGUGACAAAUAAGGAAUGACGCUUCUCAGGUAGUACAAUGAGAUUUCUCGUCAUAUAAAGAGCAGUAUGGCUCCCAUGAUGUCCUCCUUUGUCAGUCAGACAUCUUCAAAGCAACUUCUCUUAAAACCAGAACACUCGUCUACAUUCCGUACAUAUUGGAACGAUCGUAUAUUUAGCUUCCUGCAACGAAAAUAAUCACUAUGCGCCAAAAUAUUAUCCAACUCGCUCUAUGCGGCCUCGCAGCACUAUCAACAGCUGCCCCCGCCAACCGCCGCUCAACCAACAACAACGUCAGCGACGAGUUUCAAAGUAUCGAUGGCUUCCCAGCCCCAAAUCCUCAACAACUCCUCGAAACCGAGCGGAGAGCUCAUGGUACUCUCUCGAACAGUACACCCCCAGAUUCCGUUGAUCCGGAUACGAUUAUCAGCCUUCAAGUGAUUGCUGCUGAGGAGCAGUUCGAAGCGGCCUUCUUUCAACAAUUGCUAGCGAACGUUACCAAUAAUGAAGCUGGAUAUGAAAUCGUAGGCGGGAAUGCUCGGACUAUGGGUAUUGAUGCGUUGACUGCUAUUGUCGCUCAAGAGGAGUUGCACGCCCUAAACGCAAUCAACGCCCUCCGACACUUCAACCAAACCCCUGUAGCACCAUGCUUAUACAACUUCCCAGUCUCAACACUCGACGAAGCCAUCGCUUUAGCUCAAACGUUUACUUCUGUCGUGCUGGGCACUCUACAGAACGUUGUGCUUAACAUGGGCUCCCACGGCGACGCCGGGUUGACACAGGGUGUUGCCUCCGUCAUUGGCCAAGAAGGUGAACAGCAGGGCUUUUUCCGACUCCUUCGCCAUAAUAUCCCCAGCGAAUUGCCAUUUCUGACAAACUCGGUGCGCGAUUUCGCGUUCAAUGCGCUUAAUCAGAACUUCAUUGUGCCGGGUUCUUGUCCAAACAUUAAUCAGAUUGCAGCUCUCAAAAAGCUUCAUGUCAUGCAGCCGUUGACGGUCACGCAGUCAUUCGAUCCCAAGAAAAGUGUUAAUGAGACUGUCCAGUUGAGUUUCUCGUUGCCCAACGGAGCAAACCCGCAGGACUAUGAAGUUGCGUACAUCAAUCAGCAGAAUAUCCCAUUUGUGUUGCCUUAUACUGUACUGCAUCAGGAUGGGCAGACGCUUUCUGUGACGGCGCCGUUCCCAUUUGGCGAGCAUUUGUUGAACGGGCUUACUAUACUUGCUAUUGUUCCUACAUCGGCUGUUGGAGGGUUCAAGUCUAACCAGGAUGUGGCUGAUGCGACACUGGCAGGUCCCGGGUUGGUGGUUGUCAAUUGAUGUUGUUGUUCUCUCUGAUUAUGCUGGCAUGUUUCUUCUCAUAUCUAUUAUGUAGACAGUCAUGAUGAUUUGAUUUUAGUGAUGUUGGUUUUACUACGG